GGAACAGAUGAAGAAUUAGCCUCACAGCUGGAAGGAAGGAAGGAAAGAAUUAACUCAGAGCAGGAUUGGCUUCUGUGAAUAGAGAUAAUCCAGGAGGGAAAGAAAUGGCUGUGAUUUCUUUGGUAUUCCUGUUCAGUUUGGUCUCCUACGGCUGCAGUGCUCCAACUGCUAAGCCCAUCAUCCAUCCUCUGAAGCCACUGGUGGAACGUGGAGGCACUAUUCAGCUGACCUGUUCCAUGCAGUGCCCUGAUGCUGAAGUGCAGUGGGAAGGCCUGGACACCGACUUGGGGAACAUCAUUUCAAACCACACGCAGAGCAUCCUAACGCUGAGCAAUGCGACCGUCAACACGGAAGGGACGAAGAUGUGCUCAGGACGGUGCCAAGGGAAGUCUCAGGCCGAGAUGGCCAUGGUGAAGCUGAAUGUAUAUUCUUUUCCAGAUACUCUGCAGCUGGACUCCCAGCCCAAGAUGCUGACCGUUGGGCAGCCAGCUCACUUGCUAUGUUCCAUGAGUCACAUCUAUCCUCACAGUGCCCUUACGUUGAGCUGGUUCCAGGGAGAGGAACAACUGGAGGCUUCCAAGGAGACAGAAGAGGAAGAAAUGGAAGACUCAGAAGACCAGAUGUUUGUCUACCACUCUGAACUGGAGCUCCCCAGGGUGGCAGAAGACGUAACUUACAAAUGCAAAGCAACUUUGGAGGUCGAAGGAGAGAUCUUUGCCAAGGAGAGGACUGCUAUCGCCAUCACCAGCACCACAACUACGCAGGAGAUUCUCGGUGCUACUGCUACUGAUGCCCUUACUCCCACGUCUACUGCUACUGACGCCCUUACUCCCACGUCUACUGCUACUAAUGCCCUUACUCCCACGUCUACUGCUACUGACGCCCUUACUCUCACAUCUGGAAGGACAAGUCAAACAUCUGCUUUGGAGUUACUCACCAUGGCUGAUUGGAAGUCCUCAGGUGUGACAACCACUAGCCUUCUCCGCCUUGUUUCCACCAAGCAUACCAGCUCUGGGACAUCUGUGGUUACACCAACAGCUGCCCCCACGCUGGAAUCCCUAACGGAAGAUCACAACUCCAUCACGGUGGUCAACAACUCCACUGAAACUUCUUAUCCAACAGACCAAGAAUUAACUGCAAAGCCUCUUUCCACGACAGAAGGACCAACUACCAAGCCGGUUUCCCCGACUGGCGAUUUCUCGACAGAAGGGACCACAGGAAAACCAAAGGACCACUGCCGACCCACGAUCGUGCCUGUGCCCACCCAAGGGACCCUGGGAGGCACCCUUCGCAUCACCUGCCAGGCUGCCAAGUGCAGCCGAGAUGUCCGAAUCCAGUGGGUGGAAACCCCAGUGGCCCAAUCGCGGUACCGUCUGGAGGAAGCCGAGGGCCGGUCGACCCUGAUGGUAGAGGAUCUCAGCUUGGAGCACCAGGGGGUCUAUCGAUGCGUUGCGAUCGCCAACCAACCCCGAAUAGCCACCUUGCACGUCGUGGUGUCUGCUGACGUGGUCAACACAGAUGCCCUUUUCACCAUCGGAGUCACUGGAUCCCUCUUCGGACUGAUCCUCACAGGCUACAUCACCCAUCGAUGGCGGCAACGGCAGCGAUGGUGAACAAGCAAAAGGCCUAAAAAACGUCCGUCCAUCUCCUUGGCUAUGCCCCCUUCUGGCUUCUGGACUUCUGGCCAGACUGUGAAAACUAUUCUCUGGCUUUUUAAGGGCUAUCAGGCAACCCAGGGAGACUUCACCGGACACAUCGCCAGGAUUUUCUGCCCUGGUCAGGAUCAUAAGCGGUGGAAAUGAAGAGGCCGUUUCCAAGGUCAUUCCCGCUAUCGACGGGGCAGUGAGCAUUCGCUGCAGAACUAGUGGCCAGAUCCUUCUUCAGUUUUGAUGUGAAGUCGGUGGAACUGUAAGUUUGAGUGCCACUGUUUAUGUCAGGCACAGAGAACCAGAGCCCCUCGUGAAAAGUCUAAGCCAGUAACUCUAUUGACUUCUUCCUAUACUACGAGAAUCUCCCAGAGAAGGUUCCAUGUGACUAAGGGGGAGUCAAGCUUAUGCAACUCGUGACUGCAAGGAUUCCAGGCUGGGUCCCCGCUUGAUCCUUCCUCCCGGCCUGGCUGGGAGUUUCCCAACAGUUUAGGAUGGACCUAUAACCGUGAUGGCGAACAUAUGGCACACGUGCCAGAGGUGGCAUGCAGAGCUCUCUCUGUGGACACGCACGCCACCGCCUGCUGCUCUUCUGGUUUUCGGCACGCAUGCUGAUCUUUGUGGGUGACGGAACACUCGGAAAUGGCCCGAGAAAUGGCCAAAAAAUAGGACGUUCUUUGGGCCGUUUUCCAAGCUAUUUUCAGGCUGUUUUUAAGUGGUUUUCAGGCCAUUUUAGGUCAUUUUCAGGCUGGUUUUUUGGGCCAUUUUAUGCCCGAAAAACAGCGAAAAAACAGGCCAUUUUUCGGGCUGUUUUGGGCCGUUUGGGGGUCAUUUUCGGGCCAAAAAACAGACAUGCGCACACCAACCAGCUGAUUUUCGGGUUUCCGGCACUCCGCCAUGCCACAAGCAUGAGUGUUCCAAUUUGGGCACUCAGUGCUGAAAAGGUUCGCCAUCACUGACCUAUAAGGAUGCCAGCCAGAUCAGCUGCUACGGUUUUGAACAUUGCAGGGAGAGUAAAUCAAAAGAUCUUUUUCUCUCUUUCUUUUUUCUGCACAUCCCGAACCUACAAGGGCCGGUUCUCAAAUAUGCACUUUCUGAAAGUUUCAGGGAUUUCUUUUAUUCACAUCCCAGCCAGCAGGAAGUUUAUUUUAUUACCUUUGGGGCUGGUGAGUAUACUGGGGAUUUGGAGAGCACGAUAUGGGUGCUCUGGCCAAAUGGCUUUAACAGAAUAACAGAGUUGGAAGGGAGUUUGUUGCAGCAAUCAAAUCCAGAAAGCAC